AGCUUUGGGGCAGCAAUGGAGAAGGCCCUUCCCUGGGCAGCCACCAGACAAGCCGUUGGCAACCGCAUGAUGGCAUCAAAAGAGUCCAUGCUCUCUCCACAGGGGCUGGAAAGCUCUCACUUCCGCCCGGGGGGGCGGAUCUAUAGCUACCGGAAUCCGGCCGUGCCUGCCACUCUAGAGAUUACAACUCUAUGUUUGAGCCCGAGAGCGGCUGUGGCGUCAUUUACAAGCGUUCGGCAGUCAGCCUGGGCUCUGCCUGCGCGGGGCGGCGCGCUCUGUUCGGCAAGGGCAGCGAGGAGCGGCGCUCUGUGGUGGAUCAUGGCUCCCGCCGCUGACGCCUCUGCUGUGCAGCCCCUUGAGAUCCAGUUCGCUCAGAGGCUGGCCGCGAACGAAAAGAAGAUUCGGGAUCGGGCGCUGAAAAAGCUUCGUGCCUAUAUCACUCUCAGGACCCGGAGUCCGAAAGGUGGCUUCAGCCAUGAAGAAUUAUUAAAAAUAUGGAAAGGACUGUUCUAUUGCAUGUGGAUGCAGGAUAAACCCUUGCUGCAGGAGGAGUUGUCAAACAAUAUAUCACAACUUGUUCAUGUAAUUGAAAAUAUGGAAGCUCGUCACCUGUUCAUUCAGACUUUUUGGCAAACGAUGAGCCGUGAAUGGAAUGGAGUAGACAGGCUGCGUCUGGAUAAAUUUUACAUGUUGAUGCGCAUGGUGCUACGGCAGUGCUUUGAAGUAUUGAAAAGAAAUGGAUGGAAUGAAAGUUUCACUGAGCCAUUUUUGAACCUGCUAAUGAAAGAGAUUGUCCAUUCAGACAGCACUGCUCCCAUUGGGAUAAAAUUGCAUUUUAUUGAUAUCUAUCUUGAAGAACUGGCUAAAGUUGGGGCUAAAGAGCUCACAGCAGACCAGAAUCUGAGAUUCAUUGAACCAUUCUGCAAAAUCAUUGCCAAGACCAAGAACCAUGCUGUUCUGCAAGCCAUAAUCCGUGGCAUCUUCGAAACCAUUGUGGAUCAGUCCCCAUUUGCCAUAGAAGAUUUAAUGAAAGAACUGAAAGCCGGCAGUGAUGAUGGCAUGUCUGAAGAAGAUGAGUGGAGUGAUGAAGAGAGUCAGCUAAUGGCCAAAGACAGGAGCUUGCCAAGCAAACCCUCAUUCAGUUCUGAGGCCCAAGAGCACUUUUUAGGAGAUGCAGAUGACAACAUUGGGCCUGUUCUUCAGUUUGAUUAUAAAAUGGUUGCCGAUAAACUGUUUGAAUUGGCCAGCAGAAAAAACACACCUGUGUUUAACAGAAAACGCAUCUACAAAGUAGUUAAAAAGUUCCAAGACCUUGGAGAAGGGACCUUUCCACAAGAUGACUUUCCUGAAGAUGUUUCUACAGAUGAAGAUGAUGAAGCCUUUAGCAGGAAAAAGUGGAAAAGAAAAUCUGGCAAGCCCUUGAAUAAAACAAAGCUGGAAAAAGAAGCGAAUGCUACAAAUGGAGAAAUUGGUGUUGAGGAACAUGAUGACAAGCCAAGACUGAAAAAGAAAAGGAGGAUGAGGAAGAGGAAGUCCAGUCAGACUGCUGUUGACACUUGCACAACUGUUGGAAGUAAUGAGAAAGUGCCAGCAAAAGUGGUAGAAUACAAAGAGCUCAACCAGGACAGUGAAUCAGCAAAUGCGAAGAAAAGACCAAGGAAAUGUUCAAGCGUGGAAGCAAAUGAAAUUGACUCACCAGCAAGUUCUACUGCUGAGAACUGUGCACUGAAGACACUGACAUGCUUGGUAAGCAAUAUAAAGAAAGGACCAAAGAAGAAAAGUUGCAACCUGCAGAAAGUUCCUGCAGAAACUGUCCUUCAGAAUGGACAGACUUGUACUCAAGAGGGUCCUGGCUGUUGUGUGUCAGUAGAACCUGAUAGUAAAAUGAUUAAGAAGAAAUGUAAAACAAAGUCUGGAAUUAUCACUGGAAACUGCAUUUCUGAAGAGGAGAGCCCUGCAGAGUUGGACUCCACAGUGCUCCAAAAAGUUAAACUGAAGAAAAAGCACAAGUUGAGGAACUUGAAAAUGAUUAGAAGUUCCAAACAGAAAAUAGUAACUUUGAAAAAGAAAAGGAAAAUAAAGGAAGUCUUAAAUUCUGUAGAAAACAAUGAACUUGAAACUGCAAAGAAGAAGAAGAAAAACAGCGAAACUGUUGGCACUGCCAUUCUGAAGAAGAAGAAGAAAAAGAAGAAGGCAAAGGCAGGAAAUGAUUUGGUGAAAUUUGAAAAAACAACACUUCCAAAGCCAGUAUUCUUUAGAAAAGCUAAAGGAAGUAUUACUUCCAUGAAGCUAAGCAAACUGCAGUCUUCCAACUCCAAAAAGGUCACCUUUGGACUGAAUAAGAACAUGACUGCUGAAUUUAAGAAAACGGACAAAAGUAUUUUAGUCAGCCCGCAGGGAGCCUCCAGAGUGGCUUUCAAUCCUGAGCAAAAACCGCCUCAUGGAGUACUGAAGUCAUCUCCUGCCUCUACUGCAAAAACACCUCAAUUAAAGAAAGCCUCUUCAGUGCCAACUAAGAAAAGACCAACUGCUAUGGACUUCUUCUAAACCAGGGUUUCUUAACCUUGGAUCCCCAGAUUAUGUUGGACUACAACUCCCAUCAUCCCCAGCCAUGGCCUUUGCAACUCGGGAUGAUGGGAGUUGUAGUCCAACAACAUCUGGGGACCCAAAGUUGAAACCCUGUUCUAAGCAAAGACUGACUAGUUUUGUAAAGAAUAUUUCAGUUUCAGUUUAAAAAAUAUUUCUGGAAGUAUUUUGGUAUAUUAUUUUUGAAGUUAAUACAAUUGUAUACAUAAUGUGACCUGUGAUGCUGUUACUUUAAUAAGCACCUCUUGGCUGUGGAUUGAAACAGUUUUGUGUAUUACCAAAAGAAAGGUAAUGGAAUUGGAUAUACCCUUGGACUUUAAGAUCUAUAACUCUUAAAAAACAAAAUCCAGUUCCAUAGUGAAUGAAUCUGUAAAGAUUUAUUCUAAAUGAUUGUUGCUCACAUCUGUUAAUCCUUUGUAUUUCCCCCCGGUAAAGAAAAAAUUUAAUGGGGGGAGGGUCUCAGUUCUAUAGGCUUAAGUCUUUGGAAGUAAAUUACACAUGGCUCCCCUCAUUUGAUUCCACACUGCCUUGUUUCUUUUCCUUAUAAUAUAUUUACCUUCCUUCUUCCUACCAAACGCUUUGGAUUAGCAACAAAAUAUUUCUUCAGGAGAACUACUUCUACAGAAAAACCAUUUGGACAUUGGUUGAGUAACCAGCUGCUAUUAUAAAUAUCUUGUUAUCAAUGGUAACCCAAGUACUACAUUUGGCACUUCUUUCUCAAGUGCUUCCACUGCUCCUCUUCUUGUGCUUUCUUUUUCCUCAUCAACUUAGAAAAUAAAAAGAUCUUCUUACCCCAAAACUCCUAGGCAGUGCUCAGAAUUACAUUAUCUGCCUUCCAUCAAAAGAAACCUGUUGUACCUGUUUCUGAAAGCGUUAAUGCCUUAUGACACAGGGUAAAGAUGGUUUUGGAAAUAAGUCCAUGACUUAAUCUGCAGUGUAAGAUUUAAUUACAUUCCACAUGAAAUAUGCUGCUGUGACUGUGCCUAUCUUCAUUUUCCUUUUCACUUCAGUACAGAGUACUCUUUUUAACCAUAUCAUCAAUUUAUUUUGAGAGUUAAGACUGUCUUAAAGACUUCUCUAUACAAAAUCUGGUUUAAAUUUCUAUACUGGAUCUCAACACCUCAUUUCUUAGGUACAACACAGUAUGAAGACAGUUUCUUAUUUAUUCUUUAUCCUCCAAAUUACUGGUAAUGCUGAUGAUCCCCCCCCCUUUAGCCAUGGAUAUUAGUGGUAAAAAUUUUUUUAAGAAAAAUUCUUUGGUGUACUCCAGCUUCAGAGUGAAUGAUACUCUGGGCAAUAACCAUCUAUAAAUCUCUCUAGAGCCAGGGGUAGGCAACCUUGGCUCUUGAGCUGUUGUUGAACUACAACUCCCAUCAUCCCCAGCCACAAAUUUAUUGCUGGGGGUGAUGGGAAUUGUAGUUCAACAACAGCUUGAGAGCCAAGGUUGCCUAUUCCUGCUCUAGAGCAUUCAUACAAUUACCACCUAAUGAUGUUCUCGGUGGCUGUGUUUUCAAAUUACUCAGGCUAUUGCACUGUGUUAAUGGCUUUGUCCAUGGCUUUGAUUCCCCACUACCACCCCCACCCCCAGUUGCAAUUUUAAAUGAUACAAAUGGUCAUGAUUAAAGACUUAACUUCUCUGGACUUCUUAUAUCAGAUGUUGUAUAUCUUUAACUCUUUGUAUUGGCAAAAUAUAAUGGAAAGCAUCCAUCUUAAUAGGAAAAAUUAGUAUUGGUCCUUUAAAAUAAUGUUAAUAUAAAAACAAGAAAGCCAAGUUAUAGCUUUGGUUAUACAAUUUGUUUUGAUAAACUAUUGGGAAUUUGAACCCACAUACAUUAAUGGAUCAGCUUUUGGACAGGUCUUUUAUAGAAAAUGCAUAUCAGCAGUUGUAUGCACAUUAUUUUAAAAUACUUUAGUGUUAUAAUAUUGCUCCAGUGAAAAGUUCAAAACUAGAGUACUUAAAGACUUGGGGGAUAAGAGUUUUUAUCCUUCUAUUGAUCUGAACCUCGGGGCUUUACGUUUAUCCUUAUUAUCAUAGUUGGCUCUGUUAUCAAGUGUGUUGCAGAACAAGAGUGACAGCACUGUUUACUAAAUGUUAAGGUAAUGUACGUAUCAUAGAGACUUCUGGAUUAAUGAAUACUGUAUCUGUAGUCUGUUAUAUGGUUGAUUUCCUCAGGGGUGGGGAAUGACUUGUAAACAUGCGUGUAUAGUAUACAUCUUCCUGAUCUUCCAUGUUUCCCCAGGAUUUCAGUGAGAGUAAUUAAAAUGGAUUUAUAUACACAGCAUAUGAGUUCAAUUACACAUCUGAAAAUAUUAGAAGACCUGAAAUUAAUGCAGCAUUACUGGGGGAGGGGGUCUCCUCUGCCUGUUUAUUUGUAUAAGACAAUGGGCAGCUUCACAUGGUCUCUAGAAAAUAAGUUGGCAGUAACUAGCUAGUUCCUGGCAAGUGCAAGCUGCCAAAUAUGAAAAGCAGGAAUCUCCAUAUUCAGACCAACAUAAAUUACUCUUAAACAUAUCUAGAAUCCGAAGUUAAAAUGACUUGUAUUUAAAAAGCAGUGGUUUGUAAAGUUCUUUUUUUAAAAAAAACAAAACAAUCUGUUUAAAAUAUUGUGUCUAAAGGUUUGUAUUCAAAAUAUUUAGGAGUAAAAAAAUUUUUAUCAAGC